AUGGAUGAAAAGGACGAGCUCCCGAAUACGAUACUUAUCAUACCUACGUGUACUGCCCUUACAAUUAUUACCAGUCAUCGUUACACAACUCCGAUACCAAUAUUACUCUCUUAUGGUUAUAGUCAAGCUGUUUUUACUUCUUCUAGUGCUUCUAAUGCUGCCGCUACUGACACUUACAUCCGUUAA